GAGGCGCGCCGCCAGUUCGCCGCUUACCUCGAGAACCCGUGCGUGCACGGCCUGCAGUACAUCGCGCGCAGCGACUACCCGGUGGCCGUGCGCGUGCUGUGGGCGCUGCUGUUCGUCUCGUCCGUCGUGGGCUUCGUGGCGCUGGCCUACCUGCAGGCCUUCUCCUCCACGUCCAUGACCAGGAUCUCCGUGUUGAACACGCGCGUGCCGCUCGAGGAGUACCCCUUCCCCUCCGUCACCCUGUGCCCCUUCCAUCAAAUCCUCAAGAACCCGGCUCUCGCCCUCCUGCGCGCCAACGUGAACCUGUCCUCGAGCCGGGCCGCCAACGCCACCCCCGACGACGCCAUGUACCUCCGGAUGAUGUCGGCCCUGCAGAACUUCCGCUACCCCCAGUUCUCCGCGGACUGGGGGAAGCUGGACGUGGAGGCCCUGGAGAGCCUGGGCAGCAUGGACGCCAGGGAGUUCUUGGUCAAAGUGUUCCCGCCGUGCCAGAUCAUCUUCAAGAGCUGCCGGUGGCUGAACGUGGUAGUGGACUGCUGCACCAUCUUCGACCUGCAAGAGACCCACAACGGCCUCUGCUACGCGUUCAACUCGUGCACCAGCAGGGCGUUCAAGGACAAGGAGUGCGCGCCGAGGAACGGCAGCUCCGAGAAAGGCGGCGGGCUCAUGGUCAUCACGCACUUCACCAUGCCGACCGAGGUGGUGGACACCUCGGUGGUGUCCGCUUUCAGCGUAAGAACAACCCCCUUCCUUCGAGUGCAGCGCCACGCGCGGGGCAUUCCGAGUGUGUGGUCGGGUCCUGUUGGCCUGUUGCAGGUGGUGGUGGGCAACCCCUUCGAGGUUCCGCAGCCCGUGGGUGGCUUCUUCAUCAGGGAGGACGUCUCCAUCUCGAGGAUAGAGGCCUCGCUGUCCGUCCAGCUCGCCGAGCCGGACAUCGCGUACCUGCCCUGGGAGGCCAGGAACUGCAUGUUCCUGGACGAGCAGCCGCUGAGCAUCGCCAGGCCGUACACGCAGCAGACCUGCAUCGAGGACUGCCGGCUGCAGCUGAUCUGGGAGCGCUGCGGCUGCACCCCGCACUACUUCAGUCGCUCUCCCGACCAGGGCGGAGUCGGAGCCUACGAGAAGUCGUGCAACGCCACGGGCAUGCAGUGCAUCUUCGAAAACAAAUCUACACUGCGGAGGACGAACAGCGUGCCGGUGAAGAACAAACGAGAGCUAGACGGCCUGAGGCUCUUGGACAACGACACGGGCUACGACUGCACGUGCCCGUCCGAGUGCCAGAUCCUCAUGUACAGGACGGAGAUAACGAACCUCGGCACUUUCAAAGGGUCUCCCGUCUACGAUGACAACGACACUGCUACGACCAUCUUCGUCCGGCAAAGGAAUAUGGAGGCCAGAAAUAUUGUGUACCUCAAAUCACUUCAUCGUACUUUCUCAGAAUUCGUUGCGGACCUGGGUAACAUAGCAGCUCUGUUCUUAGGUGUCAGCAUUUUAUCAGUUUUUGAGUUCGGUUUUGUGUCAGUGUCUUGUUUAAAGACGUUAUAUGAGGGCUUGAAAGCAUCAAAGAUAUAACUCACAUUGUUUACUGGUAGCUUCCAUUCCUC